GGCAGCGCGCGCUCCCUCAGCGUCGAGUCUUCAGAGCAGGGGUGAGCAGAUGUCAGUAUAUUUAAUUGUAAAAUACACUUUACACUGUCUGUUUAUGCAACACAUACGAGGGCGUUUCUAGAGUACAGCAGUGUUUGUGUGUUUUCCGACUUAAACACCUGAGGAAAACGUUAAAUUAAGACUUGUUUAUAGAUAGCUGGACUGUCGUGAUUUCGUGCUGUUAUUGAACGUCUCUUGAUCUGUGAAGCGAAUGAAUGCGAAACGAUAUCAAGUUUUAUCAGCUGCAAUUUUUCGUAACGUUAUUCCUCUUUUGAGAUUUAUCAUAAGCAGAUAAAAAAAUGGUUAUAACCUUUACAUUGUUAAAAUUGAAACCAUCUCCUGCUAAAUACUUAAUAUAAUUAGUCUGUAUAAUGAGUCACGUGUGAUUAUUUUAAAUCUAUACAGAAAUAUGAAGACAGCUAUACACUGUAACUUAGUUGUUAUAAAAUCAAACUAUAUUUAGAUGUGCUUUAUUGUAGUUAUUUGACUCUAAUUGUUAGUCGAGAGAUGGGUGUCAUUAAUGUUUAUGCUUGAAUUUUUCAUUCUUACUGUUAUUUAUAUUUUGGAAGAAUUUACAUCGUAUUCGGUUCCAUAUUUCUAGACAGAUAUCUGCUUAAAUUUUAAUACUGGGCCCAAAAAAUAAUAAUAAUGGUAUUCAUGUUAACAAUAGAAAGCAGAAAUGCAUAGAUUGUGUGAAUUAACAGAUAUGGGAGUGCGGUGCUGACGCGGUUAAUUUUAAUUUAGCAAUUUAAUCAUCUACAAAGAGCUAACAUUUUAUAUUUGUGUGGCUCAUAGGACAUCUGCUUCACUCGCAUAAUUGUCUAAAUCUAUAAAUUAUUAUUAUUAUUAUUAUUAUUUUAUUACGAAGCAAAUCUGCUUCUGCCACACAGAAAUUCAUGUUCAGUGAAGCUCCUCCUGCAAACCCUGCAGAAUGAAACACAAUGAAGAUCCUAAAGAACAAGCAGAGUUGAUUGAAGAAAACGAGGUGAAUGAAGUAUUUAGUGUAGUUGAGGAGAAAAAUCAUACAGAAAAUGGAGAAAAAUAUUUAAGUUGCUCUCAAACCAAACAGAAAGAUUUUAAGGAAACCAGAGCCAAGAAAUCUUUCACCUGCGCUCAGUGUGAAAAGAGUUUCUCAAGCAAAUCUAAAUUUGAUGUUCACAUGAGAGUUCAUACUGGAGAGAAACCGUUCACAUGUGAUCAAUGUGGGAAUAGUUUCACUCAACCAUCAAGCCUUAAGAUGCACAUGAACAUCCACACUGGAGAGAAACUGUACAAGUGUUCACACUGUGACAAGAGAUUCAGUCGCUCAGGAGACCUGAAAACACACGAGAGGAUCCACACUGGAGAGAAACCAUACACGUGUGAUCAGUGCGGAAAGAGUUUCAAACUAAAAGGACACCUUACAGAGCAUAUGAGGAUCCACACUGGAGAGAAACCAUUCACUUGUGAUCAAUGUGGGAAGAGUUUCAAACUAAAAGGACAUCUUACAGGGCAUAUGAGGAUCCACUCUGGAGAGAAACUGUAUACAUGUGAUCAGUGCGGGAAGAGUUUCACACGAAAAGGACACCUUACAGGGCAUAUGAGAGUUCAUACUGAAGAGAAACCGUACAAUUGUGAUCAGUGCGGGAAGAGUUUCACACAAUCAUCACACCUUAAGGAACAUACGAACAUUCACACUAGAGAGAAACUGUACACAUGUGAUCAGUGCGGCAAAAUGUUUUUGAGAGCUUCAGACCUGAAGAAACAUCUGAGAGUUCAUACAAAGGAGAAGCCAUAUUCAUGUCAUUUGUGUGGAAAGAGUUUUUCAUGUUUAGAAAAUGCAAAAAAACAUCAGAAAAUACAUACUGGUGCGAGAGACCAUGUGUGCUUUGAGUGUGGGAGGACUUUUACUUCAGCUGAACAUUUAAAACAGCACCAGAGGAUUCACACUGUAGAAAAACCAUACAAGUGUUCAUACUGUGACAAGAGAUUCAGUCAGUCAGGAACCGUGAAAAAACAUGAGAGGAUCCACACUGGAGAGAAACCGUAUAACUGCACUGGAUGUGGGAAGUGUUUCAAUAAUUCAUCUGCUCUACACAGUCAUACAAAAAACAAUCACAGUAAGUAGAUCAUCUUCAGAUCAAGCACUUUCAGAUCUGAUGCUGCAUCCUCACCACAUGAGACACAAUCAUGCAUCAAGCAAUAAAAUAUAUAGAUAAAUGUCAUUAAAAACAACAUGAAGAGACGUUAUCUAAAGUUUCUCCAUCUUCAAAACCAGCAGAUUCAGCAGUGAGAUUCAGAUCGACUCAAAGAUGGAGUUCCUCCCCAAAGGACAAUGUCAAAAAGGUUUAUUCUUGCAUAUCAUUCAAGAUAUAAAUGAUAUCAUUGUGUUUUCUAAUGAGUUCCAUAUUAUGUUCAACUGUCUUCUAAUGCAUGUAUCACUGAGAUUCUGAUCAACUCAAAAGCCCUAUUCGGACAGUAAAUGUUUCUCCUGACACCUUGAGAUUGAAAUAACAUAGUAAUAGAUUAUGGACUCAUGAAGCAGUGGAAGUUCAUUCAUCAUUUCUGUGAUCUGAAGCUCAAGUAUGAUAUGUUGAUGAUUAUGUUGGGUUUAUGCUGUAUGUUCAAAUAUGUUUGAACUGAACUAACUGAAAUGAUCACAGCAGUCCUACGCCCCUUUCACACUGCACGUUGGACCCGGCAAAUUGGUGGAAUAUUGCCGGGUCACCUUCUGUGUGAAAGCAAACACGUCCCGGGAUUGAUUCCGGCAUUGAACCUGAGUCGGGCACCUAGUAACAUUGCCGGGUUCAAUCCCGGGACGAGCGCUGUGUGAACAAAAGCCAAACAAAAAAAUGUGCAAACUGUAAUGAAGCAGAGAUCAGUUGGUUCCUCACUUUCUGCGCUGAAGCUGAGAUCGUUUACUAGCUUGAGUGAAAGUAUAACGUGCCUAAUGUUUUCGACUCGUACAUUACACGUCACGCACUGAUGUCACAUGUCGUUACAGGAUCUUUACGGGUUGUGUGUGAAAGCAUAUCCCGGGUAAUCACUGGCAGUGUGAAAGUGCAAAAUCUAGCGACCCGGGAACAAUUGCCGGAACACUUUACCCAUGUAUUUGCCGGAAUCGCAGUGUGAAAGGGGCUCUACUGACUUCAGUUAGUCAGUUCAGUUCAUUAUGCUGAGGAACCACACACAUCUUUACAUUGUUCAUCGUUUCAAACCUUUCAUUUCAUUCCCAGUUUCAAAGAGUCUGUUUUUCCCCCUCUUGAUUGUGUCUUUCAUCUGUCCACACAUCUUUCCUGUAGUGAUUGUGAUUAUUUUAGAGCUUGCAGUGUUUGCUGCUGCUCCUACUCUGUUUAUUCUUCAGUUCAUUUGUGAAUUUGAGAAGACCUGGUGAGUUUUUCAGCCUCUCACAAUGCAAAUUCUGGCCUGAGGAGAAUUCCUUGCCACUGCUGCAUUUGUCCUGCUUAGUUAGGGAAACUUCUGGCAGUAUUGUUGACUUGAUUUCACAGACACUAUUUAAACUGAACAGAGCUGGACGAUUACAUCACCGAAUUCAACAAUGAACUGUCUUUAUCUGGAAAACUGUUCUGUAUUGUCCUCUUGCAUUAUCAACACAUUGUUCCUGUUUAACACUGUUAAGUUGUUUUUUUUCACAAUUUGUAUUGUAUAAAACAUUAUAUAAAUAAAGGCGACUUGGUUUGACAGUC